GAGAAGUGAGCGUGUACGUGUUCAAGAAUUCGAAGUUAUGUGGAACGAAAAGCGUACGUUGCAGUUCAUAGACAUGUACAAGGCGAAGAGAUUAUUGUGGGACCACAAACAUCCGCAUUACUACAACAAGAGCUUGAAGGAAGACGCUUGGGAAGACCUCGCCGGGGAAAUAAAUGCGACGACUGAGGAAUGUCGGAGGAAGAUAUUCUCGCUGCAGUCGUCGCUGAGAAGGGAGAAAUCUAAAAUAAGGAAAAGUCGAGCGGCAGUAAGAGAAACUGAUGAGAUGUAUGUAAGCAAUUGGUUCGCCUUCAGAAGCCUGUCGUUUCUCUUGGAUAUGGAUCAGUCUUGGAAGACGACGACAGAUAAACAGCGUUUGGAAGAUCCUCUCGGUGAAGACACUACGACUGACGAUGAACCAAGGUUGAGGCAGUCCAUAAAUAAAAAACGCAAGACAAGUGACGUAGACGACAGACCAUUAAAUAAGAAUCCAACUUCAUCGUCUGCAUCUACAUCCAAAACGGACGAAGAAGACAUAUGCCACCUCUUUGGCAACCUGGUGUCUAAAAGGAUGAGAAUGUAUUCUCCAUUGGUACAAAGCGCUGUUCAGCAGGCGGUUAUGACCGUUCUCUUCAACGCCGACAGUGGCUACUACGAUCAGAAAUCUAGUUCUACCAUUUUCGAUCCUGCUCUUUCACAGCAUUCCCAGUGCAUCCAACAUGCGCAGGGUCAGAACGCGUCGCAGUUCUUUCAAGCUCAUCCAGAUCAUUUAAAAUCUACAGCGUCACCAGCACAUUCGACUGAUCCUGUAUCUGCCCUCUCUCCUAUCCCAGAAAGCAAGGAAGGUUUGGAAUACAUUUAGUUUUUAAGCAAUAUAUUCGUACAAAAUGAAA